UUCUAAAAAACAAAAGUUCACAGAAAAGUGUCACGGUCCUGUCACUCUGUCAGUCUGGGUUUUUGUCUGACAGGACCAUGGCAUCAUCGUCCCAUGUCUGUCUUGUGUUUCGUUGUCUGUCUUUGUGUGAGCGCAUGGUUUCGUUUGUAUUCCCUGCCGUGUGCUCUUCGGUCUGUCUUGUUUCAUGUCUGCAGUAUGGUGUCUGGGACUGACUUCCUGUCUGGUUCGGUUUCAGUCUGUGUUGAGAUCUGGAAACUUAUGCUCCAUGUCUGUCUGUUAUUGAUGUGGGUGCAUCACGCUUAUGUCAUCUUGGCAGCAUGCACAUGCGUCAAUAGUUUAUGUCUGUCUCUUGUGAACACGGGUGCGCCUUGCAUUGCACUCGUGUUGCUCUGCGUGCCCGGGUUGCGAGCUGUUUUCACGUUGUGCUGAGGUUAGGUCAUUUUGGUCUGAGAUUUCGGGUUAGUGUGUGGCCGAACUCUUGCACAGGUGUCCUGUCUUGUUUUUGUUGCCUGUUGUAUGCGCUCAGGUUUAGUUUAGAGUGAGAAUACGUGGCAUCGCUUUGCUUGGCGUUGCUACGUAUUCUUGCGUCUUGUUUGUCAGUUGGCAUGGGCGUAUAUUGCCUUAUUGUCUUGGCGAUGUAGGCUCAUGCCAUUCAGGUGUUUUGUUGUCUUGUGAGAGCAAGUGGCUUUGUUUUGUUUCUGAAUCGCCGAGUGUCUCUCUGUCUUACAUCAUACCCCGCCUCCUUGUUUGCCAUAAUUAGUUUAUUAGUCACACCUGCCCUGUCUUGUUAACCUGUUGAUUUCUCUCCCUAUUUUAGUCUCCUCAUGUUUGCUGUCCAGUACCAGUUCAUCUUGUUUCUAGUCUGUGUGCUUAUUUGUUCCAGUUGGUCGGUGUCAUCAAGUCAGUCUUGUAUGUGUUUGGUCUUGUCUCAAGUCAGUCCUGUUCCUUGUUCAUUCCCCCAUCCCUGCCUGGUUCAGUUGGUCCUGGGUCAAGUUUUUCUCCAGCUUGGAUUAUGUUAUUGUAUAUAUAUUAUAUGUUUGAUUUUUUUUCCCCCUUGUGGGAGUUUUGGUUUGGCUUUUCCCCUUUUGGUUAUAUUAAUAAAUCCUUUAUUUUUGUUUUUUAAAUCUGCAUUUGGGUCCUGCCUCUGCACUCCUGUCAAAGUCAGGAAUGAAUUUAUAUUUGAAAAUAAUGUUUUUAAUAUUCUUGUCAUGGGGUGCAAGACUUACAGCUGUCACAGAAAUGCAAACAGAUGUACAUAUACAAAUUUACCUUUUAAAUGUAAGAUUUUGAGAAAUGUUUAACCCUAGUAAUGUACUUAAAUGUAAGUAAUUUAAUUGGUGGUCAGUAACUCUAUUCUGAUUACAAGAAUUUUAAAUGUGAUGCGUCACACUACUUUUAACUUAAAAGUAAUUAGACUACAGUUAUUGAUGAGUUUGUAGUCAGUUUACACCCAACACUGUUCAUAUACAUGCCAUUACAUUGCUCACGAAUUCACAGAAGUCAAUGCAGAUUUAGAAAAACAUGCACAAGUAUUAUUUGCUUAUUAUUUGUACUUUAAUGCCACUUAGUCAUUCUAUUCUGCUUCCUGUCUUUUGUUAACCUUCUGGCUCCGUUCUUCCCAUAUCUUACAUUUGUGCUCUUCCUUGCAUGAUAUUUGUACCAAACAAAUUAUUCAUCAAUUUCUCUUUCUCUGUCACCACCUGUAACUUGUUUUCUUUCUGCUCACACAGCAAUCUGAUGGUUAACACUGUUAGGCUGGAAUAAUAAGACUCAGCCCUAUCAGUCUCUAAUGGCCAUUAAUUAAUUGAGACGAUUACAAUCCAGUUUUAAUUUCACAGACAUUACUGUGCACUGCCCUUAGACCCUUUUGGCUUCUCCUUGCCCUUUUUUUCUCCCAACAUCAACAUCCACCCACCCCACCCUUUCCCAAUUUAAACAUCUGAAGAUUAGAAGAUGCUUUUUUUUUUCAUUUUCUUUCUUCCUCUUCUACUUGACAAGACAAGAAUUCAAAUGCUCAGAGUUCAAUUAAAUCUCAAUGUUAGUAGUUCCUUUUGACUAACAGAGAUAAGUGAGAAAGUGAGGAGAAUGACAUGCAUUCUAGUGAACUUCAAAAACAACUGGUAAUAUUGUGCAACUCAUUAUCAUGGUGACAUUUAGGGGACGUGACAUCGUCGCUUUGAUGUCUGUUAGUAUCAAUGUCACUGUCACUCAGAAAAACUCUCCUCCAUUGCAUCGCUCUCUUCUGAUCUUUAUUUUUAUUUUGUACAGCAUUGAAACUUACCUUGAAUCAUCUCUUCAUUUCAAUCAAAUAAAAAGCCUAAUCUACUGAGUGUAUGAGAAAAUCUUUUUUUUUUCUCUGUGCAGAGACAACUUGGUCUCAGUUUUUGGAAUCAGUUUCAUUUGAAAGCUGGUACAGCAAACUUAUUAAAAUUUGAAAGGAUGAGCUGUUCAGUUAUUACAGUAGUUCUUUAUGCAGCACAUAUUUCCAGUUCAUUUGUCUCCCUAACGGAAACAUUGCAUUACAAGAGGAAAGAAUCACAACUUUACAUUGGCAGGUUUGAGGAUAUAGAGCAGUCAGUCGGGAUUUUAAAAAAUGUAAUUGAAGAUUGGCUUAGACAUUUUUACUACAUGGGACCCAGCAAAACAUUUGGCCAUUUUUUUAGCAACAUCAUAAUAAUGUUUGGAAUAGUGUUGGGUUCAAGUCCACCUUAGUCGAGUCCGAGUCAAGUCAGAGUCUUUAAACAAUCGAGUCCGAGUCAAGUCCGUGUUCAAAAGGGGUAGAGUCGGAUUCAAGACCGAGUCCAUAACAGGCAGAGUCCGAGUCGAGUCCGAAUGAAUCUGUUGAAGAAUCUGGAUUAAAAUUGUAACUGUAAACUCAACAUCAAUAUUUUAAGCUUAUUUUAACCUUCACAACUAAGAAAAACAAUUUGUCAAUAUAAAUGCAAAAAAAAAAAAAAGAAAUGAUUAGUAUCCUGCUGAACAAAUUUCUGUGGUUUCAGAAUGAAAGCAUAUGCUUUAGGUGUAUGAAGACAAAACUGUCCUUCAACACACUUCUUAUUGCGUUCUGUUGACAUUUCAGUUAUUUGUUGCUUUCCCCCUCCACUCAAACAUACACCAAAGAAAGUGAAAGCUGUGUUAGUCAUUACAACCAGAGUUAUUAUUAUUUCAAAUUUUCAUUUAGUUUUUAUUUCUAUUCAAUUCAAAUUAGUUUAGUUUUAUCUAAAAUUAUGGGUGAAAUACAUUUAAUGUAAUUAAUUAAAAACUUUUAAUGUGUUUUAUACAUUUAAUAAAUGGUAAUAUUAAAACAUUUAAUAAUGCCCAUAAAAUUUAAUACAACAACAUAAAAUAAAAACAGAAGAGAUCAAAUACCAUUAAAACAUUUUUUUUUAUAUAUACUACAGUACCACAUUUCACAACUUUCAGUCCUCCAGCUGUGUCUAGGUGUUACCUACUUCCCUAAAGUAAAGAUAAAAUUUUUGACAAACUCAUCUUGGGCUGACGUUUCAUUCUUUUCACAUUAUAUUUAUUAUGGAUAAUAGGUGAAUAGAGACUUCUCCCCUCACUUGUGUUCUUCAUUGUAUUUUCUAACUUUUUGCCAUUGAAACGCAAGUGCCAGCUUUACAGUGAGAGCUGGAGAUGGAUUAAAAGGCAAGCCAGAUGACAGAGAUGGAAGAGAGACUCCUGGGGCUGGCUGUCUACUAUAGAAUAUUUGUGCCUAAUUAUUCGGACGUCACCAGCCCGCUGACUGAUCUCACUAGAAAGGGAGCCCCAGACCUGGUCCAGUGGACGAAACCGUGCCAACAGGCUUUUAUGCAAGUGAAAGCUGUGCUUUGUGGGUGGGCAGUUGUUAAUUUCUGCUGAUUUUUCUCUCCCUUUUGUGUUACAGACCGACACGUCGGACAGAGGGUUGGGAGCCGUGUUGUCCCAGCUGGUUGAGGGGGAGGAGCGCCCAGUGCUGUACAUCAGUCGGAAGCUUUUGUCGAGAGAGGCAAGGUACAGCACCAUUGAGAAGGAGUGUCUGGCCAUCAAGUGGGUGAUCCUCACCCUUCGCUACUACCUCCUGGGACGGGCUUUAACCCUCUGUUCAGACCAUGCCCCGCUCCAGUGGCUCCAUUGCAUGAAGAAUACCAGUGCGCGGAUCACCUGUUGGUAUCUGGCUCUUCAGCCUUUUAAGUUCGAUGUGGUCCACAGGCCGGGGGUGCAAAUGGCUGGAGUACUGGGCAGGCCGGGUGGUUCCCGGCCUGAGUCGGGCGAUGGGGGUAUGUGGAAGUGGGGGCAUGGUUGAGCGCCGGCUUGUGAAUGGAGAGGGAGAUUGGGAGAUGAGAACGCUCUAUGACGGUGCGUAAGGGAAAAAAGCUCACCAUCUCCAUCCAGGAACACAUGGCCAUAGACGUCUGUCCCGGCCCCAUCCGACCAAUUAGACAGAUCUCUGCCUAUUUCCCUCGACUCUCCCCAACCGCUGUCUCUCCUAACCCUGCUGCCUCUCCAUUGGCUCUCAGCCCGGGAGGUGGGGCCUUGGGGGGAACGAGUGGAGGUCUCUUGUCCCCUCUGCAGGCAGGGGCAAGAGGAGGGGGUGGGACUCUGUCAGCAGCUAGCAGCAUUGAGACAUCAGUGGACAUCUGCAGUUCAGACAGCGAUGAUUGCACGGCACUGGGGACAUUAGAAUUUGAACUGAGGUAUGAGAGAGCGACAAGUUCACUUCACUGUACCAUCAUCAGAGCCAAGGGUCUGAAACCUAUGGAUUUUAAUGGUCUGGCAGAUCCUUAUGUUAAACUUCACCUUCUCCCAGGAGCAUGCAAGGCUAAUAAACUCAAAACCAAAAUAGUACGCAAUUCACUAAAUCCAGUUUGGAAUGAGACUCUGACAUAUAUUGGCAUCACAGAAGAGGAUAUGCACAGAAAAACCCUGAGGUUGUCAGUGUGCGAUGAGGAUAAACUGACUCAUAAUGAGUUUAUCGGGGAGUCUCGUGUGGCCCUAAGACGUGUGAAACCAGAUCAGACGAAACGUUUCUACACUUGUUUAGAACAUCCACCACCUCUUCCUUCCCCGACAGCCAUGGGAGCAGCCCUGCGAGGGAUUUCCUGUUACCUAAGAGAGUGGGAGAAUGAACAGCUGACCAGUUUGGAAGAAAGAGGCCGCCUGUUGCUUUCACUGCAGUUACUGCCCCCGCCUGCAGAUGGAGAAGGAGAGGGCCGGCGAGGGGGCUUGUGUGUCGGAGUGCAACGCUGUGCCCAUCUGGCCGCCAUGGAUGUGAAUGGUUUCUCAGAUCCCUAUGUCAAAAUAUAUCUGAAGCCAGAUGUGAAGAAGAAAUCCAAACACAAAACCGCAGUGAUUAAAAAGACCCUUAACCCGGAAUUCAAUGAGGAGUUUUUCUAUGAGAUCGCUCUAUCUGAACUGGUUCAUAAGACGCUGGAGGUGACAGUAUGGGACUAUGAUCUGGGGCGAUCUAACGAUUUCAUAGGUGGUGUGUGCCUGAGCUGUCAUGUUCAAGGAGAUGCUCUUCGCCAUUGGAUGGAUUGCCUGAGGAACAAAGGUCAGAGGGUGGAGCGAUGGCACAUUCUGACCAAUGAGCUGCCUCAAACCACCUGCCAUGAUUGAGGAAGUGGCCUACCAGGAAUGAGGAAAUCAGUCAGUUAUCAAUGUGAAUGUUGUGGGGUGGACAUGGGUAUGAUUAUACAAGCUAAGAGGUAUAACUAGAGGCCAAGAUGUUGGAAGUAAAUUACACUCUUUGUGCUUUUUCAGGGGAGGGUGGAGGAUGGGCCACCAGUAAUCUUUUAACUUGGUGUCUCUCAAAGUGACUCUCCGCCCCUUUCACCCACUUUCCUCUCUUGCUCAUUGCUGCACAUUUUUUACACAUUUUGUAACGUCAAAGUGAAUUUUACUCUUAUGAAAUCUUGUGUAACACAUCUCUCUUUUUUGACUGACUGAUUACAGUGUAUAUUUAUUGUUAAGUGCUUUCAUAAUGCUUGCAGACAAUGCUAAGAUGCAUCUUGAACAAAACAUGGGGAUGCAUGUAAACUGCCUGCCGUAAACUCAUAAAAAUGAUAAACACACAUUGUAUCACCAUGACAACACUGGAAGGUCCUUAAGGACCAAUACUCUCAGUGGUGUCAGUCACAACUGAACUGAAUACAAUUACAUGAGCAGCAGUUUUAUGUGUACUACUAAUAAUAUAUGAUCCAUUUUGUAGCAUGAUGCAAUGUUUACAUUUUUUACUUUGCAAAUGUGUUUUCCAGUCUCAAAUUUGGCAGUUUUCAAUUUCCAGUUGUUACUUUUGUUUAUAAGGGGGUUUCAUGGAUGUGCUACAAUUUGAUAUCACAUAUGUUAAUUGAUAUAUUUUUGGAAUCUAAUCUUUAUAUGUGCUAUAUAGGACUAUGCGGAGUGUGUCUGCAUGCGUAUGCGUGUAUUGUCUGGAUGUUUUGUACCAACAAAAAAAAAGUGUUGUAUUAUUGAGGGUUUGUGAUUCAUAUUUAUAUGAAGUGCUCAUGUACAAUUUGGAAAUACAUUUGAAAUGCAAUGUGUGUCAUUUGCCUGCAUCCUCUUGGAGUAAGCUUGGAAACCUACAAUCUGCAAUUGCUCCGGCAAAAAGAAUCUAUCAUGAUACACCAACAAAAUAUAAGCCUACUUCAACAAAAUGAUCUCACUCACAAAGUUUGAUUGUGCCAUUGUUUUAGCGCCUGUGAAUUUGUGCAUCUUUACUGCAAAAAGACAUUUUCUAAUAGGGAUUCCAGACCUGGACAAUAAUAUCAGUCUCUCUUCUUGCAAAGGACCACAGCAGCACUGCCUCUCUAGUUCUUCAACAUGCCUCUUGCUAAGCGCUUGUGAGUAAAUGGUAAUUAGAGAGCCAAUUAACACUGAACACACAGAGCUAAAUGUAUAAGGCUUUCUGUAUCUGGCCUGGUUAAGUGGCAUUAUCAUGUAAUGUACCUGAAAGUUAGAGCAAGUAUUAUAAAUUGAGAAGCCUUAAAACUAGGGCUACUUUAUCAGACAAAUUAUUUUUUAAGUCAAAUAGUUUUAAAAGAGAGGAGCAUCUUUUUACAUUUAUUGAAGAGUGUAAUUUCUGCACCAAUAGCGUCAUCAAAGGAAAUGAUACAAAUAAUGACUGCUGAAACACCACUGUUGUCUUCCAUUUUUGGCAAUCCCAUUCCAAACUAAUGUGUAUGGUUGAGCAAAUGUUGUUAUGUCGGGCCUAAUUGGGCUGUUCAAACAAACAGACUGCAAUUCCAUUUGGUGCAGUAAAAAUUACACACUUUUCCUUUAUGUUCGUAAUGAGGCUAAAGGGGCGUUCACACAGACAGCAAUUAAAUUGCUAGAGGUCACAAAGUGUCUGUGCUUUUUAUUGCUGUAGGUGUUCCUACCCAACAGUAGUACCAUCUGUAUAAUUUCGUUAUUCAGUCUGCACUCUCAUUUGUAGUCAACUCAUCACAUUGGCUUUCUAUUUGCAUAAAGUUGAACUCUGCUCAACUUUUGUCACAUUCGCCAACUCAUUGAAAAUGAAUGACUUCCAGUCACUUUGUCACUGCAAAUCUCAUUUUAAUGUAAAUGCUUCUAAAAAAAAAAAAAAAAAAAAAAGUGAAACCACUCCUUAAAGCUUUUUUAAUUGCACUAAUGAAAUCCUAAUCCAGAUAAAACUCAUUAGAAAAAAGUUCUGUACAGCCAAGUGUUUUUAAACGUGUUUAUCUUCUGCAUUAUGUCUAGAGGUUUAAGUACAAAUAAAAUGCCUUUCAGCAUGAACAUCUGCUCCGAACUCAUUUCAACUUUGUUAUCAGAUGGUGCGUAGACACAGUAUAGUUUAUAACUUUGUUAGUGUAGCAAGCUCAUCCACCAUACUUCGGUUUGUAUUAGCAUAAUAUCACUACUCUUAUCUACUCAUAGAACUUGUUUCUAUGUUCUACAGAAAUAAUAGUAGUAUGGUUGUAUGUUAUUCUGAACAUACUGUUGCAUUGGAGGUUACUUUGUCCAAAAUGUCAAAACAAUGCUCAGCAUUGCCACCUAGUGGGAACUUUCUCUCAUCAAUUUUUAUGCAGAUUUUAGUUCAAACACAUUGUCUGAAAUAUCUGGAAUAUCAGAUCCCUAGCUAGUACCCCUAGCAGGUCACUUCUGGUCAGACUUCCAAGAUCUCCCUGUUAGAACAUGAAGUAAUCUCUUGAUAAAAAGGAUAGUGGGUUUGUGAAUGUACAACAUAUGUUUGGUAAUGUAUAAGGUUAGGACCUUAAUUAAAAUAGUGUUCUUUAACUUUAAUUCCACAUACAGUUAAAAAUUCUUAUGAUGAUAAUUACAUAUAAAGAUAAAAAGAUAAAAAGAGUAAACACUCGAGAAUAUUUCUAAUCAAACAAUUUAAUUUUGCAGAUUAAAAGAAGCAAUGACAAAAAAACAGCACUGCUUAUAUCUGGUAAUGCUGGCACUUGUUAAUGGUAUUCUACUGGACACAACAGGAACAUAAAAUUCAUUUAAAAAAACACCAUCAAAUACCCUUUAGGACAUACCGGUAGACACUUUUUCUUCUAAGCACAUGAAGAUAUCAUCAUAUGAAGUCCUAUAUUUACUUGUCUCUCAAUCCUGCCGCUGGGGGCCUCGCAGCACAGCACAUUUUGCAUGUCUAAUACACCUGAUUUAACGUAGCUCAGUUCAGUACUCCAUGACCUGAAUUGUGUGUGAAAUUAGAGUGAUACCUAAUGUUCAGUGCUGGAGAGCCCCCAGGAGCAAGAUUGAGAGAAACUUUUAUUUUAAUUGAAGGAAUAGUUCACCCAAAAUGAAAGUUAUCUCAUCAUUUACUCACCCUCAUGCCAUCCCAGUUGUGUAUAAAUUUCUUUCUUCUGCAGAAAACAAAUGAAGAUUUUUAGAAAAAUAUCUCAGCUCUGUAGGUCCAUACAAUGCAAGUGAAUAGUGACCAAAACUUGUGCUCCAAAAAGUAUAUAAAGGCAGCAUAAAAGUAAUUCAUAUGACUCCAGUGGUUAAAUCAUUGUCUUCUAAAGUGAUCCAAUUGGUUUUAGGUGAUAACAGACC